AUGUUUCCGGCCGAUCUGACGGCUUCCGUUGACGACCUGCCGUACCUGCUGACAUCAGCUCGGGCCAACAUCGACAGCUGUGUCGAGGGCCUGCAGGAAUUCGCGCCGGAUGCGCUGGAAACGGCGCCGGGGAUUCGCCUUCGGUCGGAAGUUACGCUCAUUACAGUCACAGUCACGGCAGCCCACGCGUGCGUCCCGUGCGCAAUCGACGACGAGAUCUCCGCCUCAGCAGGCGGAAUUUCUUCCGCCGAUGAUGAUUCCGCCGACUACCCCGCUGACUCUUCCGCCGACGGUUACGGGUACGACUACGAUUCCCCACCUCGCCGCCGGAGAGUAGCGGAAACAGACCAAUCGAGCGACAGCGGCGUGCCUGGGUGGGUAACUCCGGGGAUGCUAGAGCACCUGAAGCGCAUUCAGGCGGCGCACAUGGGCGGGAGAGACGCGGGGGACGCGCCGGGCGUGCGGAGACUCCUUGGCCUGGAUGGCGCAGAGACAGAGGACGACGCGGGGGGGGCGGAGGGAGCGGAGGCAGCAGACGCAUCGGCGCAAAGUGACUCUAUCCGGCGCCGCUUAACGGACGAGGGCGUGGAUUCCGCGUAUAGCGGGGACGCGGGUGAUUCGCACGAAUCUAGCGACACGCUUCGAAGGGGGCUUCAAAGCAGCAGCAACGGGAAGUUGAGCAAAAUUGGCGGCGUAAAAGUGGGAGGGAUUUUAGAUACGAGCGGCUUUAAGGGCGCGUACAACAGCCUGUUGCCGCCCCGGAUAAAUGCGAUCGUCGCUAAGGACGGCUCCGGCACGCACAAGACGCUCACGGCUGCGAUUGCGUCCGCACCCAUGAAAGGCACGUUCGUUAUAUUCAUCAAGAAAGGAGUGUACGUGGAGCAGAUUCUCUUUGACAACCAGGGAAUCGUUCUGGUGGGGGAGGGAAUGGGCAGGACUAUCAUCACUAACAACAAGAAUGUGGUUGGCGGAUCCACCACCUUCAACUCUGCUACCAUCGGCGCCAACAAGAGCACGUUUACUGCCCUCGGCAUAACAGUCCGCAACACAGCUGGGACAGUGGGCAUGUUUACGGCCCUCAGCAUAACAGUCCACAACACAGCCGGGCCGGUGGGCCAGCAGGCAGUGACUCUGCGCUCUGAAGACACGCUUUCUCUCGCUCUUUCUCUCUUUCCCCCACCCCCCAGGCGCCAACAAGGGCAUGAUUACGGCCCUGGGCAUCACUAUCCGCAACACAGCAGGCCCAGCGCCAACAAGGGCAUGUUUACGGCCCUCGGAAUAACAGUGCGCAACACGGCCGGGACAGUGGGUCAGCAAGCAGUGGCCCUGCGCUCCGAAGACCUCUCAGCUUUCUUCGAGUGCGAGUUUGACGGCAACCAGGACACGCUCUACCCGCACAGCGGGCGGCAGUAUUUCCGCGACUGCAAAGUGGGCGGCACGGUGGAUUUUAUCUUUGGGAAAGGCGCGGCCGUGUUCGACCGCCCGCAGAUCAGGCUUCAUAAGGAUGAUCCUGUGAUUAUCACUGCUCCACAGAACGACCCCACAUACCCGGAACCCAAGGGGAUUAUUAUCCGGAAUGCGGUGAUUACCGCAGAUGCGGGAGUGGGGAAGGCUUAUCUGGGUCGGCCGUGGACCAACACGGGGAAGGCGAUUUUCAUCAACUGCUUUCUUCCCAAGAACGCGCCUCAGAAUGACCCCACGUACCCGGAACCCAAGGGGAUUAUCAUCAGGAAUGCGGUGAUUACUGCCGAUGCGGGGGUGGGGAAGGCGUACCUGGGCCGGCCGUGGACCAACACUGGCAAGGCGAUUUUCAUCAACUGCUUCCUUCCCAAGGCCCCUCCCCCCUGCUUCCCCCCCCCCCUUUCCCCCCCUCACUCUUCCCCCCUUUCCCCCCUCACUCGAAGUCCAUCCGAACGGGUGGAUGACGUGGGACACGGACACCAUGAAGCUUCUUACUCAAGUCCCUGCUUUUCUCCCCCUGCUCUUCUCCUCGUUCCCCCCCUGCUCUCCCCCUUUCUCUCCCCUCCCCUCCCAGGAAAUCCAACCCGAUGGGUGGAUGACGAGAUCCAACCCGAUGGGUGGACGACGUGGGACACGGACACCAUGAGGCUCGCCAGGAAGAACGGCGUCUAUUUCGCCGAGUUCCAGAGCACGGGGCCCGGAGCGCGCAUGCCACGUGCCAGCUGGGUGUCGCCCCAGAGGAUUGUCAACCCCGGGCGAUUCACAGCCGAGGCUUUCCUUGGCUGGACGAGCAAAGGCUGGGCGGGGAUGGGGGUCUGA